AUGUCCCAUCAAACUGGAAUUCAUGCAACAUCUGAGCUGAAAGAGUUUCUGGCCAGGGCAAGAGGAGGUGCCAUCAGAAUAAUGAAGAUUGUCAUCAGAAAUGAGGAGCUGGUGUUAGGUUCAUACAGAGAGCCUGCACAGACCUGGGACAAGGACUAUGACCACUUCCUGCUUCCUCUGCUCAUCGCCCAGGAGCCGUGCUACAUCCUCUACCGGCUCGACUCUCAGAACGCACACGGCUACGAGUGGAUCUUCAUCGCUUGGUCACCUGACCAGUCACCAGUGAGGCAGAAGAUGGUGUACGCAGCGACCCGUGCCACACUGAAGAAAGAGUUUGGAGGAGGUCACAUCAAAGACGAGAUGUUCGGCACAGUAGAGGAUGACCUGUGCUUCCAGGGCUAUCUGCGGCACAUGUCCUCCUGCUCCUCCCCUGCUCCUCUCACAGUAGCUGAACAGGAAUUACAACGAAUUAAAGUCACAGAGGUAGGUGAGACAAAGAAUGUGACGAUGGAGUUUGGCUUAGACAAAAGGGCACAGACUCUUCAGGGUCUCGCGUUCCCUUUACAAGAGGAGGCCAAACGAGCUCUGCAGCAACUCAAGCAGAAACGUAUCAACUAUAUACAGCUGAGGUUGGAUGUAGAGAGAGAGACUAUCGAGCUUGUCCACACCAACCCGACAGAGACCCACGAGCUUCCCUACAGGAUCCCCACCGACUCUCCCAGAUAUCACUUCUUCGUCUUCAAACACUCCCACCAGGGCCAGCUGCAGGAGGCGUUGGUGUUCAUAUACUCCAUGCCCGGGUACACCUGUAGUAUCAAGGAGCGGAUGUUAUACUCCAGCUGUAAGAACCGGCUACUGGACGAAGUAGAGAGAGAUUAUCAACUGGAGGUCACCAAAAAGAUGGAGAUAGACAGUGGAGAUGGCCUCACAGAAGACUUCCUGUAUGAGGAGGUUCACCCGAUGGAGCACACCCUAAAGCAGGCCUUUGCCAAGCCCCGAGGCCCGGGAGGAAAGAGGGGCAACAAACGGCUCAUCAAGGGUGCGGGGGAGAACGGAGAGGAGAGUUAGAUGUGUGCACACAAAUACAAGCACAUGCACACAGGCAAUCCAACAGCAUAUCUAUGAAUUGACUUCUUCUUUGGCUGCUUAGCAUCUAGACAUUUCUUCUUCUUCACUUCUACUUGUGGACAUAUGAGGACAUACAUUUUAUGCUGAACUUCAAAAAAAAAAAAAAAAAAAUCCACCAUAAAGCAGAAAUCAUAUGUUUCCCUUUGGUGUAAAGAUGUUAAGUCUCAACAUGAACGUUGCUAUCA